AUGAGCGCCGAUAACAGUCCUGGCGGCGCUGGCAAUGCGGUUGCAUCAGAUCCAGAGGCUCAAACAUCGCCAGCAAGCAAUUCACAUGAGACUGAACCCCGGCCAUGGCUAAAUGGGUACACAAUAGUCUUUCUCAACGAACUUCCACAGCCGGUACCAGUCAAAGACCGCUUCUUGUUUGGCCCGCGCUCACUGGUACUCCUGAGGCUGUUGUAUCGCAAUACUUACGCUUUUUACGUGGUGCUAGUCGCCACGUAUCCGUCGUUCUUCGGCGCCAUGGUGGUCGUAGCACUCAUCCUGAAGUUCGCAGUUUCUUUGAGCUCGGAGCGGGAAGGUUUUGGUCUAUCAGUGUUCCUCAGACACCCAACCUUGAUGAUGACCAAAAAUUGGACUCAAUUCUUAUGGGAAAUGCUUGCGUGGUUGAUUCUUGUGAAACUGGGUUUGGUGAGGUUCUGGUGGACGAUAUAUUUUGUGGUCGCAGAUAUGGCUGACUUCGAGCACAACCUUCUAAAUGCGUGGCGAAGACACGAUACUCCAUCGACACCUAUUGGGAGUCGAAUCGGAUCUGACAUGCGCACUCAUGUCCAGUCGCCCAAGGUUCGCGAGAGCAUGUCGUUGUUUCUGGGCAAUGACCACUUAUCCGCUCCUAUCUUCGCCGAUGGUUAUAUGACUUUUCGAACUGCAAUCGACGAGCUUCGGAUGUUCUUUAACUACAUGAGGAUGAGAAGAGGGCUAGCAGAGGUGGCGGUACCUUACCGCCUUAUUCGUCUAGACAUCGUGGAAAUGGUUGCUGCGCCAAAAGCGCGUGGCCCUUACCGCAUCUGGCGAAGGAUGGGCUCAUCGUUCACUGCGCGUACACAGACGCCGUCGGUAGCAGAGCCCACAGAGAGUUCAUCAGUCAGUUUCCGUACAGCAGUCACUGCACACACAGAGACGUCUGGAUCCACCGGCGUGAGAGAGCGACUGAGAGGCCCUCUCAUCGGUGAGAUGCUGACCGGAGACGCUGUAGACUAUCUCAAUUGCGGUGAUGAUCUUAAGUACUGGCACGAGCAACCCCAGAGGUACUCGUAUAGGGAUGAUCCCAGCUUCGACGAGUGGGAAUUCGAAGGGCAGCUCCGACAGUUGGCUGGCUCGUCACCUCCACGAGCAAUACGAUUUGCCAGGACACUGGAUCGCACUGCAGUUGGGGCAGUGGUACUAGCGCCCGGUCUGAUAUCUCUAGUUUUCAUCAUUAUCUGGCUGGCUGUGUUUCUUCGGAAGAUUCCGCCCGGUGAGAGUACAGGUAAUGUCCAGGUCGUCGUAUCGACAGCUUUCACCAUCGCAUCUUAUUUGGUGACAGCAGGAGCCCUGAUCACCGCCUUGGCCGCAUAUCUCGAGAGUAAGCCACCACAAGAGCGUUCCGGCCCGACCACAAAAGCUGUUCAAGUGCCCACGAACCGUCGGCCGGAUCACGUUCUAGACAGAACGCCAACACUCUCCAGACGAGCAUCUUGGACGUAA